AUGGCUUCCGGCGACCAUGAUGCGGUUGAUAACCAUCAGCAUCGACCAUCCGACGCCAGCAAGAACAAAAGGAAGCGCAAGGACCGAGAUGAAAGCCCUCCCAAUCAAUUCGGUAUGGCCAAUACGCUACAGCUGCUUCGCCAGCCAGAUCUCCCAGAAUUCAGUCUGACAUCUGCAAGAUCGUCCAGCAAUAAUGGGUCGGGUUCGCCAAAGAAUGAGGAGGAGAAUAAAUCCCAAGAAUGGCAAACCGUAGAGAAUGGACGGCCAACGAAGAAGCCCAAGAAGAUACCCCACAAGGAUUCAAACAAUUAUCCAGCGAUCACAUUCUCGACCAGUUCAAGACUACAAUCGCAGAUAAAGAUCAGUGAUAUACAAACCUUGGUGUUAUACAUAUUGGCAGAUGCUUCAGCGCCACAAUUCGUCUCUGUGCGACAUCGAAAUCAGUUUCGCAAGGUCGUCGUUCUUAUGGUUCCGGGUCUGGAGAAAUCCAUGUUUGAUAUGGUGGCGGCUGAUGGUGAUGUUGAGGGGAAGCUGGGAGAUACGGAGGCCACCCCAAACAAAAAUAAGCCUUCAGGAAAAGAUCGCGGUUAUUCUUCACCAGAUGAUUACUAUCCUGUCAAACUCAUAUCAGACAAGUUGCCCGCUGGAAUGAAGCCAUUUGCAGACAUGUUCGAAGAACUGUGGCCUGUUAAGACACCAGGAGACGACAAGUAUGCAAGGAUGCAUUCCCCAUUACAUGCAAUGCUUACAGCGCCAAUGCCCAAAUCUAAAGAAGAGAAGGAUGCAAAAAAGAACAAGAAGGGCGCGUCGCAAGCCCGAGAACCUGCGGGCUGGCAAAACACGCGGACCCGUAUUACUGAGUUUCUUCAUUCCGCGGAAGAAUUACUUGAGAACGACUACACACUCCACCCUGCUAUAUACGACACUGAUAUCGAAAAGGCUGCCCUUGCGGAACAUAGACUUUCAACGGGUGUCUCACAAAGCCAUGGAUGGGUUGAUACACUGGUCAAGCACUACGAUGAAGGCUCUCCGCCAGAAAGUGAGAUUGAGAGUGGUAGCUUAACUGCUGGGAGAGAUAUUCUAGCCAUGGAUUGCGAGAUGUGCAAAACAGGAGACAACGAAUUUUCUCUCACGCGCAUUAGUCUUGUUAGCUGGGAUGGUACAGUCGUCCUUGAUGAGCUAGUCAAGCCAGACAAUCCCAUCAUUGAUUAUCUGACCAUGUAUUCUGGUAUCACAGAAACAAUGCUUGCGGAAGUCACUACAACAUUGGCAGAUAUCCAGAAAAAGCUGUUAGAAAUUCUCCAUCCCCGUACCAUCCUAAUUGGUCACUCCUUAAACUCCGAUCUCACCGCCCUAAAACUCACCCACCCCUACAUCAUCGAUACAGCCAUCAUCUUCCCUCACCCUCGUGGCCCGCCCCUCAAAUCAUCAUUGAAAUGGCUUGCACAGCGUUACCUGAACCGUGAAAUCCAAAAAGGACACGGUACGAGCGGUCCAGGAGCCGGUCAUGAUUCCAUUGAAGAUGCUCGAACUUGUCUUGAUCUUGUGAAGCAGAAAUGCGAGAAAGGGAAAGACUGGGGAACUAGUGAUGCGCAAGGAGAGAAUUUCUUCAAGCGUAUUGCCAGAACCGGGGUGAAAUACAAGAACCAAGGAGGUUCGGCAAUACCCAGUCCUUUGAAUGGGAAGUCGAGCGCAGCUGUGGACUGGGGUGAUCCAAAGAAAGGAGCCGGAGCGGCCGCCACAUUCUCCAUUGGAUGUAAAAGUGACGAGGAAGUGAUGGAGGGUGUUAUCCGCGCUACGAAGGGUGAUCCUGAUGGAAAGGAGAUUCCUGGAGGUGGUGUCGAUUUUGUAUUUGGCAGAUUGAGGGAGUUAGAAGCGUUGAAGGGCUGGUGGAAUAACAACAAGCUGAUGGCUGCUGAAGAGGCUGCGAAGGAUGAGAAAGCUGAUCCUAAGACGGAGACAGGGGACGCGACAGCAUCUGAGGUACAGGGCGGCGAUGCAAUCGAAGCCACCGCCACUGCCUUAGAAGCAACACUUCCUGUCGUUGCAAUUCCCGAAGAUAUUACCGCUACUGAUCCCGCAACCAGCAACCCUCUCCACGUCUCAUCCACCAACACUCUCCCACCGCCUGUCCUCUCUUCCCUCUCCCCAGACACGACCAUCAGCGAGGCAACGACAUCCCUCGUACGUCGACUAAAGCAAAUCCACGAUGCGCUCCCGCCCUGUACCGCGUUCAUAAUUUAUUCUGGCUCGGGCGACCCGCGCGAAAUGAGUCGCUUGCAAGCCAUGCAGGCGCAAUUCAAGCGCGAGUACAAGAUUAAGAAAUGGGAUCAGCUGAGUGUGAAGUGGACGGAUGUCGAAGAGCAAGCUUUGAAAAAAGCGGUGCGCGAGGCCAGGGAGGGUAUUGCGUUUAUUGGUGUCAAGUAG